AUGCGCUGUAUCCUACUUCUCGUUCUCGGCCUAGUCUUCGUAUGGCAUUCGCAGCUCGUCACCGCCAGGCGACCCUGCACUGCCACCUCCAACACCACCAUAGUCCACGACGCACUCGCCGAGCAAGCGCGCCUCGGACCCCGCGCUGCCAGCGCCCUCCGAGCCGGCCUCGCCCAGCCAUGGCCCCAGCUCGUCCGCAACGGCCAACAGCUGCGCGUCAUCCGGUACUGCUACGCGACCAAGCUCUACCGCGACUACCUGCACUGCAGCAAGUUCAACCCCGCGCUCAAGCUGUGGGCCGACAAACUCGGCCACCCGGCAAGCGCACAAUCCGGCCACGCCGUCGCCUGGGAGGAGGCCAACGACGGUGGCGCGCCCGGCAAGCGCAAGCGCAGAUACUGCUACUCCACGUACGAGCACGGCAAGGGCGGCACGUGGAACAAGAACGUUCCCAUCGACACGCUCGCCAUCUUCCUCGAUCCCACGUUCGACGGCGCGCGCGCAACCACCGGCUACGACGCCGCCAGCACCGACGAGGGCCGCCACCAGAUGGUCCUCGGCGUCGACUCGGACCCCGUCGAGAUCGCGCACGAGCUCGGCCACGUCCUCGGCAUGUCCCACGAGCACAUCCGCUCCGACCGCGACGCCCACGUCCUCUACACCUGCACCUCUGUGCUCGGAUACGCCGACGCGCUCUCGCGCGCCAUGGCCACGGAAUCGCUGUCCGCAGAAGCCGCGCACCAGCGCCUCUGCGACGACCGCGCGUUCGCGCAGAAGUACGACUUCGCCGGCUCCCAGUUCACCAAGAAUCCGCACGGGCGCGUGCACGACGAGCCGGGCGGGUUCGAUGCCAAGUCGAUUAUGCUGUACGACUCGGACGUGUUUGCGGGGGAGGGGGCGCCGUUGGUGUUGCUGGGUGGGGGGCGGAUUGAGAGGAACGUUGAGCCGUCGGUGGGGGAUGUGGCGUGGGUGAAGCUGUGGUAUCCGUGGGUCGGGGGCGGGCCGAGUGGGUCGUGA